AUGCUGGAAUCAUGGUUUCGGUUGGGUGAUGCGCCUUUUGCACGCGUCAAUCAUCAGGCUAUUUUUCUGAACGGUUGUCUCUACGUCUUUGGUGGUUUCAACUCUCAACUGCGGGAUAUCAACUACAAUUCGCAUCAGCUGGAUGUUUUUAAAUGGAAUGUCCGUAAGUUUCCAUCACUUCUUCAAGUGCAAUUUCUAGAUCACAACAAAUGGGAGGAAUUAAAAUAUCCAUUGCGUUUAAAAGCUUGGGAUUGUAACACCAAAACGUGGACAUCAGAUCCUCUGUCCUCGCCGGACGGAUCCAUCAAUCCUACUUUACGUUUCGGUCAUACAGUGGUUGCUUGGCGUGGACGUGGUUGGCUUUUCGGUGGUCGAACUCAACAGCAUGUCUGUCCAAAUCAACUGUACCUGUUCGAACCGGGCUAUUAUUCACAUUCCUCAGCAGCCGUGACCGUGAACAAUCUGGAAUGCAAAAAAUUGCUCAAAACGACCAUCGAUAUUAUUCAUCCAUGCUGGGCUGAAGUUGUCGGUACAACUGGAGCACCUCCGAGUCCUCGGGACGGUCAUGCAGCUACUGUUUUGGAGAAUGCGAUGUUCAUUUUCGGUGGCUUCCAAGAUGUGUUUGGAAGUUACGAUAAUUUCGUUUAUCGGUUCGAUUUUGUCACCUGGUCCUGGACACGCAUCCAAAUUCAUCCGUAUCCAUGUGUUGGACCAAGUUUAUCGCCUCCGACACGUGUCCACCACGCAUCGCAAACAAUGGACCCAACCAACCCUGCGCCGGGAACCUUACGGCCUCAAUUCGAUGAACUGGAUGAUAUAUUUGAACCAGCUUCCAUAGUUCUCCAAACCGAUGUUCCACUCCCACGUGAUUUUUCCUGUCUGAUAAGUCAUCAAGGACGCAUUUUCUUGUUCGGUGGACGUAGCGAAUUGGCCGCUCGUAGCAGUUUGGAGGUCUAUGACUCGGCAUUGUGGGAACUGGUCCCAUUGCAGGUGAACAAACAACUGCUGGCAGAGUCUGAUCAGAAUAUCACAGACCAGUAUUGUUACACUCCGGUUUGGCCAGAUCAAUGUGAAUAUUGUUCUGUGGACCAGUUACCUCAUCUGGCCGCAUUGGGUAAUCUUCAACGCAUGGCUUGGGAGGAGGAGACUGGAAAUUGGAAUAGGUUGUGGUCUGACUACACUCGUGCCUCGCUAAAAAAGGCGCGUUGUGGAAUUUUACCUGGCUACUACGAAAAAAAGGAUUGUGUACUGCAAGGUUUGUUUGCACUGCAGUAUUAUGUUUUGCUAUUGCAUUGGACGAGAUCUCAACUGGUAUGCUAA